AUGCUGUGGGGUGAAUUUGUGGGAAGCAGUUGGAGUAGAGAAUUUGUGGCAGGAGGUGUAGGGGGUAUGGCUGGAGUGAUCUCUGGUUAUCCACUGGACACCCUCCGAAUCCACCAACAGAACUCAAACAUGCCAACUUCUGUGUUCAGCUUGAUCAAAGAUGUUGUGUCCAACGAAGGCCUUGCCUCUCUAUACAGGGGCAUGGCUGCUCCUUUGGCCGCUAUUACUUUUCAGAAUGCUAUGAUUUUCCAAACUUAUGCAGUUCUCUCAAGAGCUUUUGACUCAUCAGUCUCAGAAAAUAGCCCUCCUUCCUACAGGAGCGUUGCUCUAGCAGGACUCAUAACCGGUGCUUUACAAAGCACAAUUGUCUCCCCAGUAGAACUGGUCAAAAUUCGCCUCCAGCUUCAGAGAAAAGGCCAAUUAAAAGAAUCCUGUGAAGGUCCUCUAUCAGCCACAAGGAAGAUAUGGAAAAGAGAAGGUCUUCGAGGAAUAUUCCAGGGAUUCAGCAUCACAAUUCUCCGGGAUGCACCUGGUCAUGGUGUAUAUUUCUGGACAUAUGAAUAUAUGAGGGAACAACUUCACCCAGGUUGCAGAAAAACUAGUCAAGAAAGCUUGAACACAAUGCUAAUAGCAGGAGGAUUAGCUGGGGUAGUGAGUUGGAUUGGUUCCUACCCUUUUGAUGUUAUAAAGACAAGACUCCAGGCUCAAACACAAUCAUCACUGAAAUACACAGGAAUCCUUGAUUGCGUGGGACAGAGUGUCAGAGAAGAAGGGCAUAAUGUUUUGUGGAGGGGUAUAGGAACUACAGUGGGUAGAGCUUUUAUAGUGAAUGGUGCUGUGUUUGCUGCUUAUGAGAUUGCUAUGAGAAGCCUGUCAAACAGUGGAAGUAGCAGCACUAAAAAUCUAGGAGAUCCAUCCUUUUCUAGAAACUCAAGACAAUGA